AUGGCGAACAACACUGUUGCUCACAACGACUAUAACGUCGACAACGAGAAGGACUAUGUGACUCACAAAGAAGAUGUCAAUAGCUCGACGCAUGAUAGCUACGAGUGCGAAUUCACCGAGACGGAGCAGAGAAAGAUCAUCCACCGCAUUGAUCGUCGUCUCGUUCUUACGGUGGGAGCGCUUUACUGCAUCUCGCUGAUGGAUCGUACAAAUUUGUCCGCCGCCGCCAUUGCUGGUAUGAAUGUCGAGCUGAAUCUGAACGUCCUUAUGGGUACGGUGUCACGUUACUCAGUCGUGACCCUCGUCUUUUUCACCACAUACAUCGUCUUCCAGCCACCUUCGACAGUCAUCAUCCGUUACCUUGGUCCUCGCGUGCACUUGUCCGUCAUUGUCACUCUUUGGGGAGCAGUGAUGAUUGGAAUGGGCUUUGCCGAAGAUUGGCAGUCUCUGGCUGCUCUGCGAGUCGUACUUGGCAUCUUGGAGGCAGGAUUCUUUCCCUCUUGUGUUUACCUUAUGUCUUGCUGGUACACACGUUACGACAUCGGAAAGCGAUACAGUGUCUUCUACAUUCUCGGAAGCUUGGCAUCUGCUUGUGCUGGUAUCCUGGCCUACGGACUGAUGCAGUUGCAAGGACGCGAGGGAUUGGCUGGAUGGCGCUGGAUCUUCAUCAUUGAAGGUGCUCUCACUUGCUUCCUUGGCAUUGGCGCAUACUGGAUGCUGGUCGAUUUCCCCGACAAGGCGCACAAGUCCUGGAAGUUCCUGACCGAGCGCGAAGCCAAAUUCAUCAUCGACCGUGUCGACAAGGAUCGCGGUGAUGCAAAGCCCGAGCCAUGGAACACUAGGAAGUUUUUCCGGGGUGGCCUGGACUUCAAGGUCUGGUGCUAUGCUUUGAUCUUUUUCAACACUACAACCGUCUCGUACGCUCUGGCUUACUUCCUUCCCAUCAUUCUGCAACGCAACAUGGGUUUCACUGUCGGUGCUGCUCAGUGCCUUGUCGCACCUCCGUACGCGUUUGCCGCCAUCAUCAUGUACGGGUGCGGUUGGAUUGGUGACAAGAGAAAGAUCCGUGGUCCACUCAUCGUUUUCAACAUGAUCCUCUGCCUGAUUGGCCUGCCCAUCAUGGGCUUCGCUAAGUCCCCGGCUGUGAGAUACUUCGGAGUCUUCCUGACCACCGCUGGUGCCAACAGUAACGUUCCCGCAACGAUGUCGUACCAGGCGAACAACAUUCGUGGACAGUGGAAGCGCGCUUUCUGCUCAGCUACACUUGUUGGUAUGGGAGGUGUUGGUGGUAUUGCCGGAGGUCUGGUGUUCAGGGCUCAGGAUGCGCCUCAUUACCGCCCCGGCAUCUAUGCCUGCAUUGCAACCAGCUGCUUCUCGGUUAUUCUUGUUGGAAUCGUCACCAUGAUCUCCAUUGCGCAGAACAAGAAGGCUGAUCGCGGCGAGAUCGAGCUCGAGUACACGGAGGGUGACCAGAAGGGCUUCAGGUAUACUCUCUGA